AAUGGUGCGUAUCCGACACCUUCCUCCGCAAGUUAUCACCACCCCCUUCACAUUUCGAGCCCCCCUCUUCCUCCUCCUCCUCCUCUUCCUCUCUUCUCCAUAGCAGAACAACCAGCCUCCAUUACGGGCAAGUACACUACGCAGAGUUAAAGCUAACUGUCCUCUUUUCUCUCGCUUUCAGAGGUCAAUAUUUCAAUGUAUUUAUAAAGCUGCAGUAUCUGCUCCCUUUUUGACAAACCAACCAAGUUUGGUGUAAUUGGUUCUGAUUUCAACGUUAUUAUGGUAUUGCACUCAUUGAGUGAUCUCCAAUUUGACUAAAAAUGGCAAUUGCCGGUUCUUUGUUGCUAUCCCAUGAAUUAGGAGUUCGCAGUGAUUAUGGAUUCCAUAAUCGACCUAAGGGUACGAUGAUCAGGAGCAGCGUAUAUCUGUUCAGCAUCACUCUCUCAUCACACGUUUUGCAACAGGAUGCUUGGAGUCACCAUCUUUUAAAUAGUGUUCAUGGACCGAAAAGAUACCUAUCUUCCAGAUGUGAUGCUUUCCAGUGCAGAUCCUUUCUAAUGCCAAGUGGAGGAAAUGAAAUUCCUAUUCUAAAAACUGUUGCCACAGUAUUAACUAGGUCAUGUAAUACUUUACGUGGAACUGGAAGCCCCUUUGUACUUCAGUUGGUUCCGGCGGUUGGUAUCAUUGCUUUCUCUGCAUGGGGUCUUGGCCCGCUUAUGCGUCUGAGCAGGAUUCUUUUCCUUAAUAAGAGUGAUAGUAGCUGGGAGAAGAGUAGCACACACUAUGUGAUGGCAUCAUAUAUUCAACCUCUGCUGCUAUGGGCUGGAGCAAUACUUGUCUGCAGAGUGUUGGAUCCAAUAAUUUUACCUACAGAAGCAAGCCAAGCUGUCAAGCAACGACUUCUGAAUUUUAUUCGCUCAUUAUCUACCGUGCUGGCCUUUGCAUAUUGUUUAUCAAGCUUGAUUCAAGAAGCACAAAAAUUCUUAAUGGAGACAAAUGAGUCUAACGAUGCAAGAAAUGUGGGCUUCCAGUUUGCUGGGAAAGCUGUUUAUACUGCUGUAUGGGUUGCUUCUGUUUCAUUAUUCAUGGAAUUGCUUGGUUUCUCUACACAGAAGUGGCUCACAGCUGGGGGUCUUGGCACUGUAUUGCUUACCCUUGCUGGUCGUGAGAUAUUUACAAAUUUCCUCUCAAGUGUUAUGAUCCAUGCGACUCGACCUUUUAUUGUGAAUGAAUGGAUUCAAACAAAAAUUGAAGGCUAUGAAGUUUCUGGUACAGUGGAGCAUGUGGGGUGGUGGUCACCAACAAUCAUAAGAGGUGAUGAUCGUGAAGCAAUUCACAUUCCAAAUCACAAAUUCACUGUAACUGUGGUGAGGAAUCUUAGCCAGAAGACUCAUUGGCGCAUCAAGACCUACCUUGCCCUCAGUCACCUGGAUGUCAAUAAAAUCAAUAAUAUUGUAGCUGAUAUGCGAAAGGUUUUGGCCAAGAAUCCUCAAGUUGAGCAGCAAAGGUUGCAUAGGAGAGUAUUCUUGGAGAACAUCAACCCAGAGAAUCAAGCUCUCAUGAUUUUGGUGUCUUGCUUUGUGAAAACCUCACAUUUCGAGGAGUACCUGUGUGUCAAGGAAGCAAUAUUGCUGGAUCUUAUCAGAGUUAUCCGUCAUCAUCGGGCUCGCCUUGCCACGCCCAUUCGCACACUUCACAAGAUAUAUGGGGAUGCUGACAUUGAAAAUGUAGCUUUUGCGGAUACAUCAUUCGCUAGUUCUAGAGCGGCUGGAAAUCGUCCACUGCUUUUGAUUGAGCCCUCGUAUAAAAUCAAUGGUGACAAUAAAACCAAGGCCCCAACUCGUACACAGCGUGCAAAUGAAGAAAAAGAUGCCGAGGUUGAAUCAGAAUUGACAUCCGAUUCCGCAGCAGAUGUCAAGGGAAGAUUCACUUCAACUGAUGAGACCAAAACUGAUGAUAAGGUGGCAUCAGCAGCAAGCCUGAAUGGCAGCUCAAGCUCAAAGGUUUCGGCAGUCUCCAUACCUGAUACGAAAAUCCCAAAUGCAGAGUCUGCUGAUUCAGCCGACGACUCUGAGAAGCAGCAAAUCAAGAAAAACGCACGGGGUGGGAUGAGUAAAAUGAAUCCUGUCGACAUGUCCUCAGGCAGUGCUGGAGAAUCCGCCAGUGAGAAACCAGACCGACCUUCCACCACCACUACUCCACAUGCCAAGCAAGAUUUGGAGAGGCCCACUACUAUAUCACAGCCGGUGUCCAGGCCAGCAGCCUUGGAAGACAACAUUGUGCUUGGUGUUGCUUUAGAGGGAUCGAAACGAACACUGCCAAUCGAGGAAGAAGCGCCACCAUCAUCUGUAUCGAAUGCAGAGGCGAAGGAGUUAGCUGCCUCAGCUGGCACCGGUAAGAAAGACGAACAGAUACCGACUAUUCCUGCCACCAAGCGGAGCGAUCACCCAGAAAAAGAAAGGUGAUCCCAUAGUUCAUUUAUCAUCAUCAACCUUCACCAAUUCUCCUAGUCCUAGUGGGGGUGUUUAUAUUGAUAGGCUUGAAGCUGUGUUUUUGGAAGCUUCAAUCAUGCUAUGUAUGUUCUCAUCAAAAUCCCAAUUCCCGUGCCAUGAUUGUAACUUAUUAUUGAAUCAAGAAUUUGUUGAUCAAUACACAACUGGUAAUCAAAUAUACUUUCAUGUUUAGCUA